AUGGAUCAGGUGUCCGCUAUGUGGAGCUCGUAUCUGCGCAAGCGGGCUGAGGCUCAUCGUCAGUCCCGUGCUGCUUUGGAGGCUCGUGUUCUCGAUGCGUCCCUGCAUGCGAGUGAUAGCCAGACCCCUAUCAUUGGUACACAGAUGCGGUUGAUUUGUAUCAAGGUGAAGCUAGAGGAGUUGAUCCGAAAUUACUUCAAUGCGCGCCUUGAAAAGGCAGUUGAAGCUCAGAGUCGUUGGAAGAAAAUCUCGUGA